GAGAUCUACGUGGGCAUGCAGGGCGCCAGUGAGUUCGUCUUUUCGGGCGUGCUGGGCCACUUCAACUACACACCACGGCUGCACGAGAUAGAGAACCCAGUGCUAUUGACCCAUGGUCGCUAUGACACCAUGCGCCCACCUGUGGUGGACGCACUCUAUCGCAACCUGCCGCAUGUUUGGAAGUCGAUGAUGCCGCGAUCGGGGCACUGCUCGAU